AUGGCGCCCCACCUCAGCAAGAGGGAGCUCGACCGCUGCUUCUCGCUCUACGCCGCUGGGAAGAUCCCGGUGGAGAUACGCGACCUCGUUAGUCGGACCCGUGAGUCCCUCGACGAGACUGGGCCCGAUUUGACGACCGCCCGCCGGGCCCUCCGGGGCGCCGCGCACAGGCGUGGCCCAGCGGAGACUCGCGGCCGCAAGCCCAAACUCACGGCCGUCAAGCUCCGCGCCUUGAACAACGCGCGGGUUCGUUUGAUUCGGGCGGCCAAGGGCGAGGCCGAGGUUCACCUCAAGGACGUGAUGACGGCCGCGCGGGUCUCCGACGUCCACAAGGGCACGGCCUCCAGGCACUUCAAGCGCCUCGGGGUCACCUGGCGCGCUCCCCGCGCGGAGCCGCUCCGCGGCUCCGCGGAGGCGGAGGAGCGCGUGGCCGCGCGUUCGGGGUGGAAGCGGCUCCCGGGCAACUAUUUCACGCACCAGGUCGAUGCCAUCAUCGACAAUAAAGUGUCCCCCAGCCCCAUGACCAAGCGGGCGAAGACGCACGCAAAGAAGAGUCGCGUUCGCGGCCACCUUCGCACCAAGGCAGAGGGGGUCCUCAAGCCUUUCACGAAGCCGAAGGGGAACCGGAACAGGGUGAACCCAGGCGCCAAGGUUCACGUGGCCGCAGCCAUCGUGAACAACAAGGUCCGCGUCUGGCACUACCUGCCCACCCUGUGGUGCGCCGACGCAGCCUGCGAUUUCUACGCGGGCGUCCUCGCUCCCGCGCUUCGCCGUUGCCGGAAGGGGCGCCGCGCCUUCCGCAUCCUGGAGGAUAACGACCCCACGGGGUACAAGAGCAAGAAGGCCGUUGACUGCAAGCGGGGUCUCAAGAUCACCCCCAUCAAGUUCCCCAAGUAUUCCCCGGACUUGAACCCCCUCGACUACUUCCUCUGGGCGGAGGUCAACCGGCGAAUGGCAGAGCAGAGCGCGCCGGCCAACGAGUCUCAGACCGCUUGCGCCUCAGGCCCGCGCGGGACACAGUCUGCGUAUCAUUGCGGCUUCAUGUCGUUUGCACGUGUGUCCAGAACAUCGUGCAACGCGUUGCCCGCGCGUCUGAUGGCGCACGUCCAGGACCGCGGGGCGAAGACCAUGCAGCGAUUCGUCCGCAGCCGAGUGCGCAAGCUGACGGCGGACCUUGAGGAGACGAAGGAGUGGGCGUCUGCCCGCGAGAACGCGGCCUUCGAGGCGGUGGACGAUUGGACGCUCGUGUGCCGCUGCGCUGAGGAGACAUGCCCCCAUGGCCCGGCGUGCUCGUACAGGUCAGCCGUGGAGACCAUCUUCUCCCGCAGCGCCGCUUCUUUCGACGUUCGGGAGCUCGCGGCGUCCCUGCGGGACAUUCUGAUGGUCGGCCCGAAGACGACGAGGGUGCCCUUCCUGGUGGGGCCGUCGAAUUCCGGGAAGAGCACGGUGGUUUACCCUUUCGACGACUUGUUCACUCCGAAACGGGUUCUGCACAAGCCUGCCUUGGGCUCCUCCUUUGGACUCCGGAACCUGGCCAGCGGCACGAAGCGGUUCAUCUUCUGGGACGACUUCCGGCCGGUUGAGUUCGCCCACGAGAAGACCGUCCCCGUCUCUUUGUUCCUGUCUCUGUUCGUCGGCCAGCGCACCGAGAUCCAGGUUUCCCAGUCCUUCAACGACGGGAACAAGGACGUAUGCUGGAACCACGGCGCCGUUUUCACGGGCAAGCUGGAGGGCCUCUGGGGGACGACGAAUAAGGUGGGUGCGGAGGACAUCCGGCACAUGCAGAACCGCGCGAGGCAUUUCCCAUUCUCCUCCGUCUUGUCGGACGGCUCUUUGCAGGACGUACUCUCGUGUGCUCCGUGCAUGACCGCGUGGAUCGUCCGGGAGGCGGCAAAGUUCGACGCCGUCGGCGUUUUCCGCCCGGCGCCCGCUGCGCCGGUCGGGGCAGACGCGGGCGUGCCGCCUGUGAGCGGCUUCGACGACCUCAUGUCCGACGCGCGCAUAUCCCGCGCGCAGGCAGACGCCUUGCUGGCGGAUGUCCGCGCGAUGGGUGCGGUUGCCGUGGACGAGGUGCUCCCCGCGGACUGGGUCCGUCUGAAUUCGUGGGCCUUGCUGCAGGCGCCGAGGCUUUUGCCGGGCCAGACCGAGACGCGCCAGGUGCUCUCAGGCUUUGAAGUGGUGCUCACAGCCGUCCUGGUGCUCAUGGCCAUUGGCGUGGACGCCGAUGCCGUCGAAACCAAAGCCAUCCGGGACGCCUUGAAGGCCGUCUUAGUAGGCAAGGACUUGAAACACAUUUCGUUGCGUGAGCGUCGCCGCCAGGUCGCUUUGAAACUCGGUUUGCAAGAACAUGCUUUGGACCAACGCAAGCACGAGUUCAAGAGCCUGACAACCGACGUCGUUUCGGAAACGCAGCCCGACCAGGACGCCGCGUCGCCUCUGGAGACCGUGUUGGCUGAGGCCGAGAAGCUGGACUCGUUGCAGUGGGUCUACUUGGUGACCAUAUCGCGCGUCCUGGACGCGACCCUUCCCGACGGCCGCCAGCACCGCGAUCUUGGCACGAUGAGCCGGGAGGACAUCGGAAAAGCAGUGGACGACGCAUUCAACAAUCCGAUUCCGACUGGGUCCGCGGGCGGCCGCCCUAGGAAGGAACCGGACGGCCAAGCGCUCGUGUCCAUGGCGGUGGUGUUCCAGGAGAAGCACAAAGACGGCGCGAUCCAUUUCCACGUUGCUGUGAAGCUGACUAGGUCGGGCCGUUUCCAGCAGGCCAAGCGCACUCUGCGUGAGCGCCAUUUGUUGCCGAGCCAUUUCUCUGGUUCCCACCAGCGAAUGUGGAGCGCCGUGAGGUACGGGUAUAUGGAGACCCCAGCCAAACCAGAUGUCGACGACGCCCCGUGGGUGUGGCAGCCAGACUGGGCCGGGUUCGCGCGCGAGAACGACGCCAUCGACCUCUUCGAGAUGUCGCAGGAGCCAUGCAUGGCAGGCGUGUGGGUGAAGCGCCGGGAGGCCACGGACAAGGCGGCCGGGGCGAUGGGCGCGAAGACGACGUUCGACCUCGUAGACUUGACCUCGACCAUCAUCGCCAAGCACUUGUGGACGAAGGGCAGCCUGAUGGCGUACGUCCAGGACCGCGGGACGAAGGCCAUGCAGCGGUUCGUCCGCAGCCGAGUGCGCAAGCUGACGGCUGACCUUGAGGAGACGAAGGAGUGGGCGUCUGCCCGCGAGAUCGCGGCCUUCGAGGCGGUGGACGAUUGGACGCUCGUGUGCCGCUGCGCUGAGGAGACAUGUCCCCAUGGCCCGGCGUGCUCGUACAGGUCAGCCGUGGAGACCAUCUUCUCCCGCAACGCCGCUUCUUUCGACGUUCGGGAGCUCGCGGCGUCUCUGCGGGACAUUCUGAUGGUCGGCCCGAAGAAGACGACGGGGGUGCCCUUCCUGGUGGGGCCGUCGAAUUCCGGGAAGAGCACGGUAGUUUACCCUUUCGACGACUUGUUCACUCCGAAACGGGUUCUGCACAAGCCUACCUUGGGCUCCUCCUUUGGACUCCGGAACCUGGCCAGCGGCACGAAGCGGUUCAUCUUCUGGGGCGACUUCCGGCCGGUUGAGUUCGCCCACGAGAACACCGUCCCCGUCUCUUUGUUCCUGUCUCUGUUCGUCGGCCAGCACACCGAGAUCCAGGUUUCCCAGUCCUUCAACGACGGGAACAAGGACGUCUGCUGGAACCACGGCGCCGUUUUCACGGGCAAGCUGGAGGGCCUCUGGGAGACGACGAAUAAGGUGGGUGCGGAGGACAUCCGGCACAUGCAGAACCGCGCGAGGCAGUUCCCAUUCACCUCCGUCUUGUCGGACGGCUCCUUGCAGGACGUACUCUCGUGUGCUCCGUGCACGACCGCGUGGAUCGUCCGGGAGGCGGCAAAGUUCGACGCCGUCGGCGUUUUCCGCCCGGCGCCCGCUGCGCCGGUCGGGGCAGACGCGGGCGUGCCGCCUGUGAGCGGCUUCGACGACCUCAUGUCCGACGCGCGCAUACCCCGCGCGCAGGCAGACGCCUUGCUGGCGGAUGUCCGCGCGAUGGGUGCGGUUGCCGUGGACGAGAUGGCGCCCCACCUCAGCAAGAGGGAGCUCGACCGCUGCUUCUCGCUCUACGCCGCUGGGAAGAUCCCGGUGGAGAUACGCGACCUCGUUAGUCGGACCCGUGAGUCCCUCGACGAAACUGGGCCGGAUUUGACGACCGUCCGCCGGGCCCUCCGGGGCGCCGCGCACAGGCGUGGCCCAGCGGAGACUCGCGGCCGCAAGCCCAAACUCACGGCCGUCAAGCUCCGCGCCUUGAACAACGCGCGGGUUCGUUUGAUUCGGGCGGCCAAGGGCGAGGCCGAGGUUCACCUCAAGGACGUGAUGAUGGCCGCGCGGGUCUCCGACGCCCACAAGGGCACGGCCUCCAGGCACUCCAAGCGCCUCGGGGUCACCUGGCGCGCUCCCCGCGCGGAGCCGCUCCGCGGCUCCGCGGAGGCGGAGGAGCGCGUGGCCGCGCGUUCGGGGUGGAAGCGGCUCCCGGGCAACUAUUUCACGCACCAGGUCGAUGCCAUCAUCGACAAUAAAGUGUUCCCCAGCCCCAUGACCAAGCGGGCGAAGACGCACGCAAAGAAGAGUCGCGUUCGCGGCCACCUUCGCACCAAGGCAGAGGGGGUCCUCAAGCCUUUCACGAAGCCGAAGGGGAACCGGAACAGGGUGAACCCAGGCGCCAAGGUUCACGUGGCCGCAGCCAUCGUGAACAACAAGGUCCGCGUCUGGCACUACCUGCCCACCCUGUGGUGCGCCGACGCAGCCUGCGAUUUCUACGCGGGCGUCCUCGCUCCCGCGCUUCGCCGUUGCCGGAAGGGGCGCCGCGCCUUCCGCAUCCUGGAGGAUAACGACCCCACGGGGUACAAGAGCAAGAAGGCCGUUGACUGCAAGAUGGGUCUCAAGAUCACCCCCAUCAAGUUCCCCAAGUAUUCCCCGGACUUGAACCCCCUCGACUACUUCCUCUGGGCGGAGGUCAACCGGCGAAUGGCAGAGCAGAGCGCGCCGGCCAACGAGUCUCAGACCGCUUGCGCCUCAGGCCCGCGCGGGACACAGCCUGCGUAUCAUUGCGGCUUCAUGUCGUUUGCACGUGUGUCCAGAACAUCGUGCAACGCGUUGCCCGCGCGUCUGAUGGCGCACGUCCAGGACCGCGGGACGAAGACCAUGCAGCGGUUCGUCCGCAGCCGAGUGCGCAAGCUGACGGCGGACCUUGAGGAGACGAAGGAGUGGGCGUCUGCCCGCGAGAACGCGGCCUUCGAGGCGGUGGACGAUUGGACGCUCGUGUGCCGCUGCGCUGAGGAGACAUGUCCCCAUGGCCCGGCGUGCUCGUACAGGUCAGCCGUGGAGACCAUCUUCUCCCGCAGCGCCGCUUCUUUCGACGUUCGGGAGCUCGCGGCGUCUCUGCGGGACAUUCUGAUGGUCGGCCCGAAGAAGACGACGAGGGUGCCCUUCCUGGUGGGGCCGUCGAAUUCCGGGAAGAGCACGGUGGUUUACCCUUUCGACGACUUGUUCACUCCGAAACGGGUUCUGCACAAGCCUGCCUUGGGCUCCUCCUUUGGACUCCGGAACCUGGCCAGCGGCACGAAGCGGUUCAUCUUCUGGGACGACUUCCGGCCGGUUGAGUUCGCCCACGAGAAGACCGUCCCCGUCUCUUUGUUCUUGUCUCUGUUCGUCGGCCAGCACACCGAGAUCCAGGUUUCCCAGUCCUUCAACGACGGGAACAAGGACGUCUGCUGGAACCACGGCGCCGUUUUCACGGGCAAGCUGGAGGGCCUCUGGGGGACGACGAAUAAGGUGGGUGCGGAGGACAUCCGGCACAUGCAGAACCGCGCGAGGCAGUUCCCAUUCACUUCCGUCUUGUCGGACGGCUCUUUGCAGGACGUACUCUCGUGUGCUCCGUGCAUGACCGCGUGGAUCGUCCGGGAGGCGGCAAAGUCCGACGCCGUCGGCGUUUUCCGCCCGGCGCCCGCUGCGCCGGUCGGGGCAGACGCGGGCGUGCCGCCUGUGAGCGGCUUCGACGACCUCAUGUCCGACGCGCGGCCGUGCCCCCGCGCUGCAGGCAGACGCCCUUGCUGCGGAUGUCCCGCGCUGAUGGGUGCGGUUGCCGUGGACGAGGUGCUCCCCGCGGACUGGGUCCGUCUGAAUUCGUGGGCCUUGCUGCAGGGCGCGUUGCCCGGCGCUUGCAACGUGGAGCUCGCGGCCGGUGCUGCGACCAACAGCGCUUGCCUUCGCAACUUGUUGGCGGUGCGUUAUGCCACUUCUACAAACACGGGACGCCAAGGCGCCGAGGCUUUGGCCGGGCCAGACCGAACCGCGCCAGGUCCUUUCGAGUUCUGUGGUGCUCUGAGGCUGUUGCGGCGCCGCUUGCGGCAGAAGACGGACACGGGGUACGUGGUGCCGUCUCCCCCAGUCCCGUCCGCAGGCGUGGACGCCGAGGCCGUCGAAACCAAAGCCAUCCGGGACGCCUUGAAGGCCGUCUUAGUAGGCAAGGACUUGAAACACAUUUCGUCGCGUGAGUGUCGCCGCCAGGUCGCUUUGAAACUCGGUUUGCAAGAGCAUGCUUUGGACCAACGCAAGCACGAGUUCAAGAGCCUGACAACCGAGGUCGUUUCGGAAACGCAGCCCGACCAGGACGCCGCGUCGCCUCUGGAGACCGUGUUGGCUGAGGCCGAGAAGCUGGACUCGUUGCAGUGGGUAUACUUGGUGACCAUAUCGCGCGUCCUGGACGCGACCCUUCCCGACGGCCGCCAGUACCGCGAUCUUGGCACGAUGAGCCGGGAGGACAUCGGAAAAGCAGCGGCCGACGCAUUCAACAAUCCGAUUCCGACUGGGUCCGCGGGCGGCCGCCCUAGGAAGGAACCGGACGGCCAAGCGCUCGUGUCCAUGGCGUUGGUGUUCCAGGAGAAGCACAAAGACGGCGCGAUCCAUUUCCACGUUGCUGUGAAGCUGACUAGGUCGGGCCGUUUCCAGCAGGCCAAGCGCACCCUGCGUGAGCGCCAUUUGUUGCCGAGCCAUUUCUCUGGUUCCCACCGGCGAAUGUGGAGCGCCGUGAGGUACGGGUAUAUGGAGACCCCAGCCAAACCAGAUGUCGACGACGCCCCGUGGGUGUGGCAGCCAGACUGGGCCGGGUUCGCGCGCGAGAACGACGCCAUCGACCUCUUCGAGAUGUCGCAGGAGCCAUACAUGGCAGGCGUGUGGGUGAAGCGCCGGGAGGCCACGGACAAGGCGGCCGGGGCGAUGGGCACGAAGACGACGUUCGACCUCGUAGACUUGACCUCGACCAUCAUCGCUAAGCACUUGUGGACGAAGGGCAGCCUGAUGGCGUACGUCCAGGACCGCGGGACGAAGGCCAUGCAGCGGUUCGUCCGCAGCCGAGUGCGCAAGCUGACGGCGGACCUUGAGGAGACGAAGGAGUGGGCGUCUGCCCGCGAGAACGCGGCCUUCGUGGCGGUGGACGAUUGCGCCGCUUCUUUCGACGUUCGGGAGCUCGCGGCGUCUCUGCGGGACAUUCUGAUGGUCGGCCCGAAGAAGACGACGAGGGUGCCCUUCCUGGUGGGGCCGUCGAAUUCCGGGAAGAGCACGGUAGUUUACCCUUUCGACGACUUGUUCACUCCGAAACGGGUUCUGCACAAGCCUGCCUUGGGCUCCUCCUUUGGACUCCGGAACCUGGCCAGCGGCACGAAGCGGUUCAUCUUCUGGGGCGACUUCCGGCCGGUUGAGUUCGCCUACGAGAAGACCGUCCCCGUCUCUUUGUUCCUGUCUCUGUUCGUCGGCCAGCACACCGAGAUCCAGGUUUCCCAGUCCUUCAACGACGGGAACAAGGGCGUCUGCUGGAACCACGGCGCCGUUUUCACGGGCAAGCUGGAGGGCCUCUGGGAGACGACGAAUAAGGUGGGUGCGGAGGACAUCCGGCACAUGCAGAACCGCGCGAGGCAGUUCCCAUUCACCUCCGUCUUGUCGGACGGCUCUUUGCAGGACGUACUCUCGUGUGCUCCGUGCAUGACCGCGUGGAGCGUCCGGGAGGCGGCAAAGUUCGACGCCGUCGGCGUUUUCCGCCCGGCGCCCGCUGCGCCGGUCGGGGCAGACGCGGGCGUGCCGCCUGUGAGCGGCUUCGACGACCUCAUGUCCGACGCGCGCAUACCCCGCGCGCAGGCAGACGCCUUGCUGGCGGAUGUCCGCGCGAUGGGUGCGGUUGCCGUGGACGAGGUGCUCCCCGCGGACUGGAUGGCGCCCCACCUCAGCAAGAGGGAGCUCGACCGCUGCUUCUCGCUCUACGCCGCUGGGAAGACCCCGGUGGAGAUACGCGACCUCGUUAGUCGGACCCGUGAGUCCCUCGACGAGACUGGGCCGGAUUUGACGACCGUCCGCCGGGCCCUCCGGGGCGCCACGCACAGGCGUGGCCCAGCGGAGACUCGCGGCCGCAAGCCCAAGCUCACGGCCGUCAAGCUCCGCGCCGUGAACAACGCGCGGGUUCGUUUGAUUCGGGCGGCCAAGGGCGAGGCCGAGGUUCACCUCAAGGACGUGAUGAAGGCCGCGCGGGUCUCCGACGUCCACAAGGGCACGGCCACCAGGCACUUCAAGCGCCUCGGGGUCACCUGGCGCGCUCCCCGCGCGGAGCCGCUCCGCGGCUCCGCGGAGGCGGAGGAGCGCGUGGCGGUCCUCAAGCCUUUCACGAAGCCGAAGGGGAACCGGAACAGGGUGAACCCAGGCGCCAAGGUUCACGUGGCCGCAGCCAUCGUGAACAACAAGGUCCGCGUCUGGCACUACCUGCCCACCCUGUGGUGCGCCGACGCAGCCUGCGAUUUCUACGCGGGCGUCCUCGCUCCCGCGCUUCGCCGUUGCCGGAAGGGGCGCCGCGCCUUCCGCAUCCUGGAGGAUAACGACCCCACGGGGUACAAGAGCAAGAAGGCGGUUGACUGCAAGCGGCGGGGUCUCAAGAUCACCCCCAUCAAGUUCCCCAAGUAUUCCCCGGACUUGAACCCCCUCGACUACUUCCUCUGGGCGGAGGUCAACCGGCGAAUGGCAGAGCAGAGCGCGCCGGCCAACGAGCGCGUCGCCACGGGCAUCCCGAAGAGCGUCAUCAGGGCAGCCGUGGCUAAGAUGAAGACGAAGGCGGCGGAGGUCGUCGUGGCCGAGGGAGGCAGGAUCCCGAGCGAUUGA